AUGGCGGCCGCCGGCAGGGCCUGGCGGGCUGCCGCGCUGCUGCCGCCCUGGCGGCUGCGGGCUCCGCGCCGAGCCUACGGCGCCGCGGCGGCGGGAGCGGGUGGCGGCGGGGGCCGCCUGCUGCUGGGCGCUGCCUUCGCGCUGGGCGGCGGCGCCGGCCUCUGCCUGGCGGCGCGGCACCGCCUGCGGGAGCACUCGGCCGCUGAGCUGCCUGCAGGGAGCCUGCAGCUCACUCUCUACCAGUAUAAAACAUGUCCUUUCUGCAGCAAAGUCCGAGCUUUUCUUGAUUAUCAUGGACUGCCCUAUGAAAUUGUGGAAGUGAACCCGAUAAUGAGGAAAGAGAUCAAAUUCUCUUCCUACAGAAAGGUGCCUAUCCUGCUAGCCAAUGCUGGAAGCCCUCUGCAAUUGAAUGACUCUUCGGUGAUCAUCAGUGCAAUAAAGACCUAUCUCAUUUCCAAGAGGAAUAGCUUAGAAGAGAUUGUGUCCUUUUAUCCUCCUAUGAAGACGGUGACUGAGCAAGGCAAGGAGGUAUUUGAGUAUGGGAAUAAAUACUGGCUCAUGCUGGAUGAGAAGGAGACAAAGCGAGUCUAUCCUGUCAAAGAAGUGAGAGUGGAAGAAAUGAAGUGGAGAAAAUGGGCAGAUGAUUGGCUCGUUCACCUCAUCUCCCCCAAUGUUUACCGUACCCCCAGAGAAGCCUUGGCAUCUUUUGAUUACAUUGUCCGUGAGGGAAAGUUUGGCACUAUGGAAGGUUUCUUUGCCAAGUACGUGGGGGCUGUUGCCAUGUUCUUCAUUAGCAAGAGGCUGAAGAAAAGACAUCACCUUCAAGAUAAUGUCCGAGAAGACUUGUAUGAAGCAGUUAAUGAGUGGGUAAAAGCUGUUGGCAAACAUCGGCUGUUCAUGGGUGGAAACCAGCCGAACCUUGCUGACUUGGCAGUGUACGGGGUCCUCAGAGUCAUGGAAGGGCUGGAAGCCUUUGAUGAUAUGAUGGUUCACACCAAGAUUCAGCCUUGGUACCAGCGCAUGGAGGAAAUAAUUCAAAAAGCUGAAGUUGCAGCCUGAUGCCAGCUGCAGUUGCCUUCCUGAAGUACUUGCAUGGUAAAAAAACUUCAGAAGGGAUGGCGUUUAUUUUUAAAGAAUUGAAUGGACUGGUCACACCUACUGGACUGACAUGCAGGCACAGAGACUGUCCCGUUCAGAAUAUCAAGUUGCAGUGAGCAGAAGGGAUCUGGCUGGAUCCAUGUUUGAAUGUGGUAUUCAGAAGGCUGGGGACAGGUAAAAGGGAGGGAUCUUGGAUGCUGCUGGAAAGGAGAAGCUCUGAACUGAAGAAUGCGGCAAAUAGGCUUCUUUAGGUGAGAGCCAUUCUCAGAGCAGGUUACUAUAAAAGCAAGAUGCUCUUGGCUAGUAAGUGUUACACCCAUAUCGGAUGUGGUGGGUUUGACUAGCUUUUGCUUCAGGCUGUCUUGCACUACUCAUCCAUGUCAUCUGAAGUGUUUUCCUGACUGAGACACUGGAUACUAGUCUUUAAAUGACAAUUUUUCCUGCAAUAGAAUUCUGUAAGCCCAGUGCUGAGACAACUGGAGGAAUCUACGGUACUGGGAAAGGCAGCCUUCCUAUGACAGAAGCAAUGCUGCACUCAGCAGAUUGUAUGCUUUUACUCUUCCAUGUAAACGGUUCUUUCAGUACUUGAUUCUGUACGGUCUGCAAGGAUAAAGGCUUGCUUUUUUCUGUGC